AAGGUAGAAAACCCACACAUCAGAACUCAUCUAAACAUACUGGUAGCUGGCUUUCAUUGUGCAGCCUGGAGAACAGAGAAGAUGGCCUUCAUUGCAGUUCUGGGGCUCUUGAUGUCUGGGAUCUGCCCUGCUGUCCUAUGCUGCUCAGAUGGCCCAUGGGGAAUGGACACAGCAGUCCAGAAAGGCCAAGACACUGGAAAACAACUGGACAGUCUCACAUUGGCCUCCAUCAACACUGACUUUGCCUACAACCUCUACAAAAAGGUGGCUUUGGAAAAUCCAGAUAAAAAUAUUGUCUUCUCUGCACUUGCCAUCGCAUCUGCCUUGGGCUCCUUAUCUCUGGGAGCAAAAGGCAACACCCUGCAAGAGAUUCUAGAAGGUCUCAAGUUCAAUCUCACAGAGAUCCCUGAGGCAGACAUCCAUCAGGGCUAUGGGCAUCUCCUACAGAGGCUCAGUCAGCCAGGGGACCAGAUACAGAUCAGCACAGGAAAUGCCCUGUUUGUUGAAAAGCACCUGCAGAUCCUGACAGACUUCAAGGAGAAGGCAAGGGCCCUGUAUCAGACUGAGGUCUUCAUGGCAGACUUCCAGCAGCCUCGUGAGGCCAGAAAGCUCAUCAAUGACUAUGUGAGGAAACAGACCCAGGGGAGGAUCAAGGAACUGGUCUCAGACCUGGAUGGGGAGACAUCCAUGGUGGUAGUGAAUGACUUCCUUUUUAAAGGUAAAUGGAAGGUGCCCUUUGACCCUGAUGGCACAUUCAUGGGAAAAUUCGUAAUAGACAGGAGGAGGGCUGUGAAGGUGCCCAUGAUGAAAAUUGAAAACCUGAGGACACCAUACUUCCAGGAUGAGGAGCUGAAAUGCACUGUGGUGGAGCUGAACUACAAAAACAAUGCCAAGGCCAUGUUCAUCCUCCCUGACCAGGGCAAGAUGCAGCAGGUGGAAGCCAGCUUACAACCAGAGACCCUGAGGAAAUGGAGGAAAUCACUGAGGCCCAGGGUGAUAAAUGAACUCCAUCUACCCAAGUUCUCCUUAUCCCAACAGUACAACCUAGAAGACAUCCUUCCAAGGUUGGGUAUCAGGGAACUCUUCUCCACACAGGCUGACCUGUCUGGGAUCACUGGAGCCAAGAAUGUAACAGUCUCUCAGGUGCUCCACAAGGCUAUGCUGGACAUGACUGAGACAGGCACAGAAGCAUAUGCCGCGACAACAUUCAAACAAAACUUCCUGUCUGCAAAAGUUAAACCUAUGUUUGUUAGCUUUGAUAGGAAAUUCCUAUACAUUAUUUUAGAUUCACAUUCUAAGUAUAUCCCCCUUAUGGGCAAGGUUAUCAACCCUUUAGAAAACUAGAACUUCCCAAGUGGUGGGGCUUCUUUCCAAGCUAACAGAUUGAGUCUCUAUGUGCUUUUUGGCUUCCAUCCUCUCAUAGGCUGUGGAAUUUUUGUAAUUAAACAAUGACCCUGACUAACUUUAAUAGUCACACAUCACAGGAGCAUGUGGAUGGCUUGUGUCAGGCUCCCAGUCCUCUAGGUCUCUGCCUUUCUUCCACUCCCUUGUUUAUUCCCCUUUACCUGCCUCAACUAUUAUCCUGGGCCCAGCAGGUAGGCCCAUUCCCCAGAUAUGCUCUCAUCAUGUCUGCCUUCCACUUCUGCAGCCUUGGUGGAACUAUGCAAGUUUUCCAGCCAACCCAUAUGAACAACAGACCAAGGCUUAAGAUGGGAACUUUCUGCCCUGUCUAUUUGCAGCAUCCUGGAACACUUGGUGCCCAGAUUUGCCUCACUCUUUCCUUACUACAAUCUGUACCACCCACUGAUCCUUGCAGGGUCUCCUGACUCUGUCCACACUUUUGGAGCCCUCGCUCCUGCAGGGCAUGGGGCCUGUUGCUCACACCAGCUCCUCUCCCCCUAGCACUCCUAAUCAGAGUAGUAGCCUUUCUCUCAGUUCUCAACUGAGCAACCUCACAGGACAGCUGAACACCUCCACCUUCAUCACCUAAAAUAAAAGGGAGGCACAAAGGAUCAAUAAAUGUAUACCUGCAGA